AUGUUUGAUUCAAACGUUUGUGCAAUUGAGUCGCUUCCAUUGAAGGACAUUACAGUAGAAGCGAACAUAAAUAACUUUUUCGUGGAUGUAUCUACUAAAUACAGUUAUGAAAACAACUCUAAUGAGCUGCUGGAGUCUUCUUUCGUUUUUCCGAUCGAAUCCGGUGGCGUUGUGUAUGAAUUUGAGGUUUUUGUGGGCGACGAGAGAUUCUUAGGUGUUUGCCGCGAGAGAAAUGAGGCUCAGUUCAUUUACGAUGAGGGGAGUGAAAAGAAUCGAACAGUGUUUAUUCUUCUUGAAGAUGAAGAAAUGACUGAUGUAUUUUCAAUGAAAAUAGGCAAUAUUCCUGCAAAAGAGAAAGUUUUCGUCAGAAUAUCAUAUUUUCUUAAGCUGACAACACUCAACCAUCUUGUUGGCGUCAGUCGUGAAGAUGAAAUAAUCACUAUAUUUUCUUUGCCAGUUCUUGUAAACUUGAGAUACUCGCCAAAAAAAGACUUCCAAAUGGAGAUCACCUGUGAUAACGCCAGCACUUUUUCAUCUUUGGAAUGCAGUUCAGAGAGGAGUGGAUUUUUCUCAGCUGACUGUGUUCUUGUCAAUUUUUUCUCACAAAUCCCCUUCCCCUACCGGCCAAACGCUGAGAUUAUUUUCAUAAUUGAUCGCUCAGGGAGUAUGGAUGGAGAUCCAAUUCAACAGGCUGCUCAAUCGCUUUUGAUCCUUCUCAAAUCCCUUCCAUCCAAAUGUCGUUUCCAAAUUGUUGGCUUUGGUUCAACCUACAAAAUGCUGUUUCCUGAACCUCAAGCCAACACAGAAGACAACGUGUCCACAGCGCUUGAAUAUCAACGUAAUCUAAGCGCAGAUAUGGGAGGUACGGAGGUUCUUUCUGUUCUUACGGCGGUCUAUGCCUCAAAGAUGACUGGGUCGGCUGAUCAUUGGCGACGAGAAAUUAUUUUUUUAACAGAUGGCGGAGUUGUCAACCACGCAGAGGUCAGUCAAACCCUGUUCAUUUCCUUUAUUUUCCAACAAAUCCGCUAUCUCUGA